CACGUUAUAAAACAAUCGGAACAAACCCUAAGCCGCUGUCUCCACAUUCAUCCUCCAUUUUUGCAUCGUCCGCCUCUCUGCUCUCUGCCACGCCCAGGCCAAAAUGCCUUUCAAGCGGUACGUGGAGAUCGGGCGAGUCGCUCUCGUCAACUACGGCAAAGAAUACGGCAGGCUCGUCGUCAUAGUCGAUGUCAUUGAUCAGAAUCGGGCUCUUGUGGAUGCACCCGACAUGGUGAGAUGCCAAAUGAACUUUAAGAGGCUUUCACUCACUGAUAUCAAAAUUGACAUCAAAAGGGUGCCUAAGAAAAAAACAUUGAUUGAAGCUAUGAAUGCCGCAGAUGUUAAGAACAAGUGGGAGAAUAGUUCCUGGGGCAGAAAGCUGAUUGUCCAGAAGAGGAGGGCCUCUCUUAAUGACUUUGAUAGGUUCAAGAUCAUGUUGGCAAAGAUUAAGAGGGGUGGAGUGAUCAGGCAAGAGCUGGCAAAGCUGAAAAAACAGACUGCAUCCUAGGCACUAAUUUUCAAUGGGAUCCCAAUUUUGUUAUGAAUUUUCUGCAAUUUGGAUUGUUUUGUCUUUGUUAGUUUUAAAGUUUAAAAGCUACUUAAGAAACUUCUUGUAUCUUUUUACAGACCAGUAAUCAGUCUUAUUUUUUUUUGGGGAGACUAUUAUGUUAAGAUGCAUGGAUGUGAUCGCUGGGUUGUUUAUCACCACUAUAAGGUUGCUGUCUUUGUCGUCUAAUUUCCUAUCGGAAGGGGAUAGGGUGUGGUUUAGAACAAAUCAACUAUAAGCUGUGGGAUUUCAUUUAGAGGCAUUGUGUAUGGAAUUGUUUUCUUGUCA